AAACUUGUAACUUGAAACACACCCAUCCAACACCACAACACCCAUCCUUUCUCUCUCUCUUCUCCUUUCUCUCUCUUUUGUUGGGUGUUGUUCUUGUUUUUGGUCUGUGACCAAACAAUACAACCUUUCCACUGCAUUCUGUAUUACGCUUUUCUCAUUUUUCUUCAUCAAAAACCCCAAUUUUUUUUCUAACACAACACUCAUUUACCUGUUUCCUCUCUUAAAUCUGGAAAUUUCUGGUAAACAAAACCCAUUUACCUGUACCCAUUACAUUAUAAUUGUUGUUUGUGUUCUUGGGGUUCGUGAAUUUUUUUUUCAAAAAUAAAAAUAUAGUUCUAUUUUCCCAUCAAGGUCUGUUUUAUUCCAACAAUGGAUAGAAGAGAUACAUGGGUUAGCCAUUAUCAGUAUGGCUCUGUAUUUAACCCUGUCAAAUUCGAUCCGUUUUCUGAUGUUAACGACGAAGUUAACAAAGACGUAGUGUCUGUAGACUCAAUUCUUCCAGAUGAUGUAUUGGAGAGGAUUCUGGCCUAUCUCCCUGUCGCGAGCAUUUUCAGGGCAGGUUGUGUUUGCAAGAGAUGGAACGACAUAGUGACAUCCAAACGUUUUUUAUGGAAUUUCUCUGUCCAUGUUAUAUCGCAUAAACCCUGGUAUUUCAUGUUUACCAACACUGAUGAAUCUUUUGGGUAUUCCUAUGAUCCUGGCCAUAAGAAGUGGUAUGGAAUUGACCUUCCUUACUUUGUUACUUCCAAUUGGUUCGUUGCUUCGUCUUUCGGCCUUGUUUGUUUCAUGAACAAUGAUAGCAGAAGUGAGCUUCAUGUUUACAACCCCAUCACCAAAUGCAGCAAGAAGCUCAUUGAGCCUUCAGGGGUUAAAUUCUCUGAUUAUAGUGCACUCACAAUAUCUGUGGAUAAGACCUCUUACAACUACAAUGUCUGUAUUGUGAAAUCAAAACAAGUACCGGACAACUUCUACGAAUGGGACCUCUCCAUUCAUAUCUACAGCUCGGAAACGAAGAAGUGGGUUUCGCCACUCACGGAAAUCUUAAACGGCUGGAGAGCGGGUGAUGAGAGUGUGAUUUGUGACGGUGUUCUCUACUUCUUGCUUUACUCUACGGGAGGUGGAACGCCUGAUAAUCGCCAUGGACUGAUCAAAUACAAUCUCUCAAGCCGCUCAUCCAACGGCAUUGGUAUACUAAUGAGAAAUUUCAUUCCAGCCCCUUGCUCAUUAACGUGUGGUCGGUUGAUGAACCUAAAGGAGAAGUUGGUAAUGGUUGGAGGGAUCGGGAAGCAAGAUCGCUCCGAUAUAAUCAAAGGGAUCGGUAUAUGGGUGUUGAACGGAAACGAAUGGCUAGAAGUAGCUCGGAUGCCUCAUAAGUACUUUCAAGGGUUCGGAGAGUUUGAUGAUGUUUUCGCAAGUAGCGGAACUGAAGAUCUGAUAUACAUCCAAAGCUAUGGUGCACCAGCAUUGCUUUUGUUUGAUAUGAAGCAAAAGCAAUGGAGAUGGUCACAGAAAUGUCCUGUUACAAAGAGGUUCCCUCUUCAUCUUUUCACUGGUUUUUGCUUUGAACCUAGGCUUGAAGUUUCUCCUUAACAGUUGUAGUACAGUACAAUCUCCCAACCCCACCAAAAAAAAACAUUUAUCUGUUUUUCACUGGGUUUGUCAUUUGGGUAUGAUAACAACAUCUACCACCUUUCAGAACAGUGCAGAAGAGAACAUACCAGCUGGAAAUAUAGCUGCAUCUCAACAAACAAAACAAAAACAGAAAAAAGAGAGCCAAUUUUUACUUUAAAAUCUUUUGCAAUCAACAGCAGAAACUCAAGUACAAGUUCUGAUCACCUUGGGAUUGAAAAUUCCAAAACCAAAACCAAAACCAAAAAAAAAAUUACUUCAUUAUUGUUGAAAUCAUUCUCCUUUUCCUUUAUUUAUUGUGUCUCAUUAUGUUUGUGCCAUAAGUAUAACAACAAAUUGGUUGUUUUUAUACAGUGCAGCAGACAAAUUUGUACUAAAACAUUUUUAUAAUUAUAUGUUGGUUGUCCUA